AUGAUUCAUUCGGAUAAAACAUUUGUCAUCAAAUCAGUUUCAGAUUAUUACAGUGAUACAAUCUAUCAUCUUAAAAUGGACAAAGACUGUGACACAAUUGAUUUACUUUUCAAUCAAUACGGUAAUCAUUUCACAGUUGAUCCUCUCCACUACAAACCGAAUAAGAAGUAUUGCAUUGCAACAUUAACAAACGAGAAAACAGAAAUCACGUUAAAGAAGUACGAUUAUUCAGAUUCAAGUUACAGCAUGUUUUUCUCAGAUACAUUCAACAUGGAAGAAUCGUUUGAAAUCAGUGAAACAAAAUAUAAAUACAAAUUAUAUUCAAUGAUAAAGAUAAUUACAAAGAAUAAUUGUAUUUUCCCAUAUUGUGGAAUUAUAUUUGCAAGAAAAUCCAGUUCAACAAAAUCAAAUAUAUAUCACAUUGAUCGAUUCAAUUAUUUAUUUGAAGAAAAGUCUCUUGUUCGCCAGAUUUUUGUUUCACAGUUAGGAUAUAACUCAUUUAGUCUUCAGAAUUAUGAAGCAACAACAAUCAAAGUUUCCAAAUCAGAUAAACUCAACACAUUUGUUGUUUUUCACUCAAUACAAUACAUAAAUGAAUCAUCAAGAAGAAUUAUUUCAAGUUGCGUCAUGAAUCCAGAUUUCAUAUCAGUUUUUAGUGGUAAGCAAAACAUUGAGUUCACAGUUUAUCAAUUAGCUAAAGAUUGUAUUGUUAGUUAUGACAUUAACUAUUUUGAAGAUUUUUAUUUCUCAAAUUCAGAAACAAUGCAAAACAGUAAAUACUGCGUCAUCCAUUUAGGAAUCGACGAAAUGACAACAAUAUUGUUCAAAGAUUCAAAAACAUCUGAUUUGAAUUCGUUUUCAUAUUAUGAUUCAUUUUCUAUGGAAUCAACACCAGUUAUUAUCAAUGAUGAAUUCACAACAAUUGAAGACAAGAAAUCAUUUAUUCUCGAAUACAAAGUUGGUGAAGGAAAUCCAUAUGGCCAUGCUGGCGUCUCAUAUACAACACCAAGAUAUGUUUAUGAUAUAUUGGAUUAUCCGGAAAAAAUCAAGGAUACAGAAUCAAAGCAAAAUAAGACAAAUACAAAUACUGAUGAAACAUCGAAUCGUAUUAUCUUUAUUUCAGCGAAAUUUGGAAGAAAUACUGCAAAAAUUUCAAAAUAUGAUGUGACAAAUGUUAUUACUCCAGUAUCAUCUGGUAAAAAUGUGUUUGUUGCUUUCUUGAACUAUAAUGAAUUCACUUUCCCAGGAAUGGAUGACAUCAGAGAGGUUAUUAUGCCAAAGGGAUCAUUCAAAGUGAAAAGCAACAAAGAUAGCGGAAUUCUCGAAUUCGUUGUCUUUGCUCUUGAAAAAGGUGAAUCAACAUUAGAUUUCAUCAUCAACCAAGACAAGAAACAAUAUCUUAUUGACACUGGAUACAAAUACUUCAUCUCAGAUCAUUUAGUUGUUUUCAUUGGAUCAGAUGAAUAUGACGUUACAUCAUAUAUUUCAUAUCAAAUCUCAAACAACGAAAACUUCCAGACAGAGAUAUACUUGUCAUACACGAUGGAUGAUAAUCCAGACAUAAUUAAAGGAUCAAAAUCGUUACAUAACAUCGGAUUUGCAAUUUUUAGGAUUAUUUCUAAUGAUGUUUAUAAGAACUCAUUCAUUGGAAUAUCAUCUAUCACAACACAAAAGCAAAUUGAUAAAUCUCAUAUAAGCGGUAAUUUCCAUGUUUCUGCAUAUCCUCAUAUUUUCACAAAUUCAACAUCACUUUCUUCACACGUUUCAUUACGACCAGAGAUUUUCAAUCCAAGAGUUUCGAUAGUGAGUGAGAUGAGUACAGUCAAGAUCAGUCGAAAUUCAUUGAUCAUAUUCGAUCCAUCAAUCGGAGAAGAUUAUUUCAUCACAGCAGUUUCCAACGGCGUCAAAAUCAAUUUGACAGAGAAGAAGACACAAGCAAUUGUCACAAAGAAAGAAACAGAGAUCAGUGUCAAAAUCAUCAAGAAAGACACAAUCAACAGGAUUCCUAUGAACAUAUACAAACUCGACUAUCUUCAAGAGAAAUGCAACAGAAUGAUUAUCUCCGGUGGAUCAGAAGACAUCACAUUGUGCAGUAAAAACAUGAGCAAAUCAAUGAAAUGCACACAUGUUAUCUCUAAAGAUAACAAAACAUGCAUCUUCAAAUCAUUCAGUUCUAAGUAUUCUAGAUCAGAAAUUAAAUCAAAUAAAAUCAACAUCGUCGAAAUGUUUACACCAGAUGGAACACCAAUCAAGCAAUCUAUGGCAGAUUCAAAUCUCUCAAUCAGUUCAUAUUUCGUUUCUGUCAUCAAUCCACCAGAAGACAUCGACGAACAAGAUUUCUACUUUUAUGCAAACAUGAUAAACAAAAACAAUGAAAAAGAAACUCCAUUCAGCAUUCAGAAUGAUGAAAUCUACGAAUUCGAAGGCAAAUCGAAUACUGGUGUUAUUGCUGGCUGGACAAUCUUCUCAAUAUUUGUUAUUGUUGUUAUUAUUACAAUUAUUGUUAUCUAUAUACAGACUAAGAAAGUUCAUGUUGUUAGCUAUGAUUUCAGUGAAUCAAGAGAUUACUCAGAUAUGUGA